AUGAGUGAAAGCGGAGACCAAAAGAGUGAUCACAAAAAGCGUAAACUCGAUGAAAGUGUUGGACACGAGAAGAAGACAAUGAGUGACAUAACGUUAGAUCAGUUUGAGUUCACACGAGUGCUGAACGAGAGAAGUGGCAGCAAAUGGAUUGCCAUCGAAGCCAAACACGUGGACCAGAAAGCGGUGAUCAUUCUCGAGAAGAUGGCAUUCAAUGAAUCCAAUGUCAAACAAAUACUCAAAGACACGGACCAGUCGUCGGACCUGAGGCUCGACUUCCAGAACGAUAUUUACGGCAAUUAUUUGGCGUUUCCAAGAAGUGAAUUGAAUGGCAUUAAGACAACGAUCAUAUAUCCGGCCACUGAUCGACACAUUCACAAACACUUGCGCCAAGAGUUUGCUGUUGUGUUGGAAACGUCUCUACUGUACGAAGAGGUGACACAACCACACAUUGAAAGCCAAAGCCAACAAUUAUCACUCCAAUGGGUCCACAAUAUAUUGGACCACAAAUCAGAGACCGAGAGAAUAGUUUGCGACGUCGAGGACCCGGAGAUUGGUUUUGUUUUAUUGCCGGACAUGAAAUGGGACGGCAUUGCUGUCGAGUCUCUCUAUUUGGUGGCCAUUAGUCGCAAAGCCGGCAUCAGAUCCCUAAGAGAUCUCAACGAAACACAUUUACCGCUUCUCAACAAUAUUCAGACAAAGGGUUGCGAAGCCAUUGAGAAGAAGUAUGGAGUGACCAGAGAUCAGCUGAGAAUUUACAUCCAUUACCAGCCGUCAUACUAUCACUUCCACAUCCACUUCACGGCAUUGGCCAAUGAAGAGACCGGUUUUGUGGAGCGAAUACAUCUCUUGGAUACCGUCAUCAAUAAUAUCACUGUUUGUAAAGAUUAUUACCAGAAGUCUUCCCUAUUAUUUCCCAUCAAAACAAAUGAUCCACUCUUUAAGAAGUUUGCCGACAAACAAGUCACCAAUUAA